AUGGUACCAUCCCAAGCCCCAAGGACGGAUCACCUCGACGGCACUGGGUACCUCUUCGGCUACCCCAUCGCCCACUCCAUGUCCCCGCUCUUGCAUCAAACCAUCUUCACAGGUCUGGGCCUCAACCGAGACUAUUUCCUUCUAUCCUCGCUGGACAUGGCGCACUUCCUAUCACUAGUGCGGGAUCCGAAAUGUUAUGGAUCGGGAGUUACAAUGCCGCACAAAGUGGCCAUAAUACCAGAGCUGGACGCCAUCACUCCCGAAGCUGAAGCCGUGGGCGCUUGCAAUACCAUCUUCAAACGAGGCUCUCAGCUCAUCGGCACAAAUACCGACAUCAUCGGCAUUCGCGAGAGCUUCUUCCAGAACGUAUCAGACAGCGUCUGGAGUGGUCGACCAGGUCUAGUAAUUGGCGGCGGCGGUGCAGCAAGAUCUGCAGUGUACGCCCUUGUCAAGUACAUGAAUUGCAAGACGGUCUACCUCGUGAAUCGCGAGCGCCGGGAAGUCGAAGCCGUCAUGGAAUGGUGCACAGCUCAUGGCUAUGGUGACGGCCUCAUUCACGUCGAGACAGUCUCGCAGGCCGAGCAACUCGAAGGGCCUGGCGCGAUCGUUGCAUGCGUCCCCAACUUCCCACCCAAGACUGAGUCGGAGUGGACUGCUCGUCGGAUAACAGAAUGCUUCCUGGCAAAGCCGCACAAAGGCGCAAUCCUGGAGAUGUGCUACCAUCCAACACCGUGGACGGAGAUUGGUGCUCUUGCUGAGAAGGCCGGCUGGCAGGUCAUUCUGGGCACGGAAGCGAUGAUCUACCAGGGCUUCGAGCAAGCCAGAUAUUGGACGGGUAAAGAGCAUGCCGAACUGCCAACCGAGGCUGUCAAGGAGGCGGUGGCUAGGGAAUUGAACCGAGCACGACUAUGA